CCCAUUUCUCUUAUAGAGCGAGAAACUAGAGAGAGAAAAGAAAGUGGAGAUUAGGGUUUUUCAGUUGUUGGGUUGUGAGGAAGAAAUCGAGAAAUGGGGGAAAGGGUUAGUGGAAAAGUGAAGUGGUUCAGUGACCAGAAGGGCUAUGGCUUCAUCUCUCCCAACGAGGGAGGUGAAGAUCUUUUCGUUCAUCAGUCCUCGAUUAGAUCCGAGGGUUUCCGAAGUCUCGGCGUCGGCGAGGAUGUCGAGUUUCAGAUCGAGGCGGAGGCUGAUGGUCGAUCGAAGGCCGUGGAUGUUACUGGCCCUGGAGAAUCAUCUGUGCAGGGCAGUCGCGGUGGAGGCGGCGGUGGAGGUGGUACGUACGGCGGUGGUGGAGGUGGUGGGUAUGGAGGCGGGGGAGGUGGAAGAGGGAGACGUGGUGGGUAUGGGUUUAAUGGAGGUAGCGGCGGUGGUGGGCGAGGUUCAUACGGUGGUAGUGGAGGCGGUGGGUAUGGUGGGGGUUAUGGUAGCGGUGGUGGUGGUGGUGGUGGUGCUUGUUUUAAGUGUGGUGAGGCUGGGCAUAUGGCUAGAGACUGCUACCAGAGUGGAUCUCAAGGCGGUGGAGAUAGGUACAGCGGUGGCGGUGGCGGUGGCGGUGGAAACUGCUAUAGCUGCGGCGAAUCUGGGCAUUUUGCUAGAGAGUGUCCCAGCAGUGGGCGUUGAUGAUCGCGCUUGUUUGAUUGCUUGAAUCUGGGGGUGUUUUGUUCGGUUUUCAAUCUUCACCGUUCAUCCCAGUUCCGAUCUACUCUUACUGGGAUCUGUAGGUCAUCUUUUUAACAGGAUUUGAGUAGUUUCUUCCUUUCUUUCACAUGGAUUUCCAUCAGUUUAGUUUCUGUUUAUUGUCUUUUGGGUGUUAAUGAUAUGAAGAUGACGACGAUCAUGUGAUAUCAUGAUGUUUGUUUCAGCGAUCCUUAGAACAAGAGAUUCUUCCUUGAUUCUCUCUGUUUCUUUAACUGUUGAUACAACUAUUUCUUAUACAAUGCCUCCUGGUUUUCAAUGAAUCAAUGUUCUGUUCUCUCUCU